GACAGCUGCCCUCCCUCUCCCCUCCUCUUCAGAUCUGCAGUUUGAAGAAGGCUGUGCCCAACAGGAGCCGACAUUCACAGCACUAACACAUGUUUUGUGGAUCAGAGGUGAAACCAUUUUUAGUUCUGAGGAAGUAAAACUUAAACGGUUGUUACUGACAGGAGAGAUGGCGCAGAGAGGAGUUCAGCUGAACCAGGAAGUGAUCUGUUGUCCGAUCUGUCUGGAACUCCUAAAGGAUCCGGUGACUGUUCCCUGUGGGCACAGCUACUGUAUGAGCUGUAUCAAAGCUCACUGGGAUGAGGAGAAGAGGAAGAAAACCUACAGCUGUCCUCAGUGCAGACAGACCUUCACACCGAGGCCUGUGCUGGGGAAAAACACCAUGUUAGCUGUUUUAGUGGAGGAGCUGAAGAAGACUGGACUCCAAGCUGAUCCACAGACGCAGGGAGACCGCGAGGUGAGCCGACAAAACAUCCAGCAGAGAAUCCAGGACAGAGAGAAAGAGGUGACGAUGCUUCAGCAGGAGGUGGAGGCUGUCAGUCGCUCCGCUGAUGAAGCGGUGGACCACUGUGAGAAGAUCUUCUCUGAGAUGAUCUGCCUUAUAAAGAGGAGAUGCUCUGAUGUGAAGAAGCAGUUCAGAGCUCAGCAGGAAGCCAACGUGAGGCGAGUUAAAGAGCUUCAGGAGAAGCUGGAGGAGGAGAUCACUGAGCUGAGGAGGAGAGAUGCUGAGCUGGAGAAGCUCUCAAACACAAAGGAUCACUCUCGCUGUCACAGAGAGUCUUUGGACUCAUCCAGCUUCACUCUCCGUCCUCUGACUCUCUUCAAAAGCACGACAGCAGCUGUGACAGACCUCAGAGACAAACUACAGGACGUCCUGAGUGAGAACUGGACAAAAAUCUCACAGACGGUGACUGAAGCAGAUGUUCUCCUGUCACAACCAGUGCCAGAGACCAGAGCUGAGGUCCUGAAGUAUUCACGUCACAUCACACUGGAUCCAAACACAGUGAACGCACGGCUGGUGUUAUCUGACGGGAACAGGAAGGCACAAUUAAUGAGUAAAGAACAGUCUUAUUACAGUCACUCAGACCGCUUCACUAACUGGGCUCAGGUCCUGAGUACGGAAAGUCUGACUGGACGCUGUUACUGGGAGGUGAAGCUGAAAGGAGACGGCAUUUAUGUAGCAGUGGCGUACAAGAGUAUCAGCAGAGCAGGGGGCACGAGGGAAUGUAGACUCGGACACAAUGACAGAUCCUGGGUGUUAGACUGUGACAACAGCAGUUAUAAGUUCUGGUUCAACAGCGUCCAAACUCCAGUCUCUGGUCCAAGAUCUUCAAGGAUAGGGGUCUACCUGGAUCACAGCGGAGGUGUUCUGGCCUUCUACAGCAUCUCCGAUACCAUGACUCUCCUCCACAGAGUCCAGACCAUGUUCACUCAGCCUCUGCAUGCUGGACUUGGGUUUAAUUUCUGGUGUUCUGGAUCCACUGCUGAGUUCUGUAAACCCAAAUCGACAGAAGCUUUAAAUCUUAAUUCUUCAUGGGACACUCAGUGAAAAAACUUGGAUAUAUAUUUUUGUACUUUUGUCACUUAAAGAUUUUUCAUUCAUAUUUUGUAAAUCAAGGUCAACAAAGUGUCUAGUCACAAUUUAUUGCCUGUCUUUGGGAGAAAAAUAAGAACUACAUCAACUGAAGUCCCUUGUCUCUUGGGUGGGGUGUGGAGUGAGUCUCUGCUCCAAGUGAAGGAGUUCAAGUAUCUCAGGGUCUUGUUCACGAGUGAGGGUAAAAGGGUGAGAUUGGCAGGCGGAUUGGUGUAGCAUCAACAAUACUGUGGGUGUUGUGCUGGACUGUUGUGGUGAAGAGGGAGCUGGGCCGAGAGGCAACGGUCUCAAUUUACCAGUCGAUCUACCUCCCGACCCUCACUUAUGGUCAUGAACUCUGGGUAAUGACCGAAAGAAUGAGAAUACAAUACAAAAGAAUACAAGCGGCCAAACUGAGUUUUCUCCUGAGGGUGGCUUUGGCUCAGCCUUAGAGAUGGGGUGAGGACUUCAGGGAGCUAGGAGUAGAGGCACUGCUCUUACACAUUGAAAGGAGCCAAUUUAGGUGGUUCAGGCAUCUAAUCAGGAUGCCUCCUGGGCGCCUGGACAUGCUGGAGGGAUUACAUAUCCUGUCUGGUCUGGGAAUGCUUCGGGAUCCCCCAGAAGGAGCUGGAAAGUGCAAGGAUGCCUGGGUGGAUUACUUAGCCUGCUACCUCUAUGACCCGUCCCCGGAUAAGCAGAAGAAGAUGGAUGGAUCUAUGGAUGGUCAACCAAAGCGACUCUACAGUGUUUGAUUCCUUGCUCUAUAAGUUGUUAAAACAGCUGCUUCAUGUUGCAUUUUUGCACUGAAAUGUCUAUAUGAAUUUUAAAAAUGACUACUGUGCUUCUCCAACUAUUCAUAGGUCAUGUCAUGUGACCAAGGACUCAGGAAGCAUCCAUCAUUCCUAUCUUGCCCGUUGGAGAGAAGCGAGGUUAUAACAGUUUUGGAUUUUUCAUUAGGUUUAAUUUUUAUUUAGUUUUUUUCCUUUUCUUUUGAAUUUCAGUUUAGUUUUAACUACUUUUUGUUGCUGUUUUUUAAAGUUCCGUUUAGUUUUUAUUUUGCAAAAAUGCUCAGUUUUAGUGUUAGUUUUAGUUUUGUCUGCAAUAUGGAGUACCUGCCAGGGGCGACAUCCACAAGGGCUCUUCACUUUUCCCUGUAAUUAUUUAAUUUUAAUGAUGGCAUACAACUCAAGACCUAAAAUUAUCAUUGUGUG